CUAAGAUAGAUCUAUCUUAAAUUCUUAAAUCGGGCAUAAAACCAAGGUGGAUAUUACCUAUAACAAUAUAAUAUUAUUCAUACUCGACUAAAACAAUAGAAAAAAAAAACAAUAGGUUAAGUUAACCAGCCAUUCGACCGCGGUUAAACCGUGAUUAUUGUAGUUAAUAUUUGGGGUUGUGUAAUUUUUGUUUUCGCGGCUUUUUAUGGGUUGAGGCAUAGAUAAGAAUAAGUAUUAAGUAGUGUUGGUUGUAUAUCGAAGAAUAUAAAUAUAUUGCUUGUUUGAUGUUAAAAAAUUAUUUUUACAUUUUAUUCACUUAACUUUUCUAGAUGUUUUGAAUUGUACGGGCUUGAAACUAUUAAUGCUGUAGACAUAUUUACUACUUUACUAGAACUAGGCACUAUGGACAUUUUGAAAGAUUCCAUUGUAACAGAAUAUAUUUCAUCAUUAGAAGGAUUGAGUCCUGCCCAGAAUGAGGUGUCCUCACUCUGUCAGUGCAUCUCAGGAAAUAUACCAAAAGACAUUCAUUCUGUUAUUGCAGUUCCUUACAGUAGUAACCUGGUUGAAUUAGCUGCUAACACAGGGGGGCUAAACAAUGUAAAACUGAUUCUAAUGUACAUAUCAAACACAUCUUAUUUCAACGGAGAUUCAAUGAAGUUCUUAGUCAACAAAAUGCUAGAAAGCAAACUCGUUGAAACAGUUGAACAUUAUUAUAAUGCUCUUGAUAAAAACCUUAAAAUGCAUCCACCAUGUGCUCAAUAUAUGGAUACCGAGUAUGAAAAAUUACUGCUCAGCUCAAAUAAUAAUCAUUUUGGGGGAAAGACUUUAUGGGAUUAUUUAAUAGAAAGCUUGACUAAUAUGACAGAAGGAUCACUUUCACACGGGGUCAAUAAGGUGGUUGAUUUAGCAUUCAAAAGAUGUUUCAGUUUAUGCAUACGUAUUUUACAAUUUGACUUUGAAGUGUCCAAAAAGAAAAAUAUUAGAUCAUUGGUUGCAAAAUGCCUAAAGUAUAAACUUGAAAGAAGAACAAGAAUGAGUGAAAUUAGCAAACUUUUGGAUAGGUUAUUUAAUACUGGGUAUGAUUUUCAAAUGCUUGUUAUUGAUCUUGCUUUACUUGUGAGACAGUUGCAAUGAAUUAAAAAUGUAAUUUCUUCAUCUUCUACAACUAUUGCUUACAUUUAUGUUGAUAAGGUUUUUUGUUUAUCAUAAACAACAAUAAAGAUAUUGAGUUGCUUUUUGGUAUAUUAACGUUUGAAGUGCAGUUUAUUUGUUUUUUUAUUCAUUUUAUUUAUUUAUGUGUAAGUAACAUUAAUUA